CGCAAUCCUGCAUCCGACCAUUUAUUUUUAUCUUCAGAAAAUUAUCCAUACGUCACUCAUCGGCAACCAUGUCCCGGCCUAUUGUCUUCUUCGACAUCGCAAUCAACGGCAACCCCCAGGGCCGCAUCAUUUUCGAGUUAUUCUCCGACGUCACACCUAGAACCGCAGAGAACUUUCGCGCCCUUUGCACCGGUGAAAAGGGAUUCGGGUACAAGGGAAGCUCUUUCCACCGUAUAAUCCCGGAGUUCAUGCUGCAGGGUGGUGACUUCACCCGUGGAAAUGGCACCGGCGGUAAAUCGAUCUACGGCGAAACUUUCCCCGACGAGAACUUCAAGUUGAAGCACGACGUUCCCGGUCUUCUCUCCAUGGCCAAUGCUGGCCCGGGCACAAAUGGCUCUCAAUUCUUCAUCACCACGGUUCCCACACCUUGGUUGAAUGGAGCCCACGUCGUCUUUGGCCGUGUCGCUGAAGGCAUGGAACUGGUGGAAAAGAUCGAAUCCCUCGGAACUGACGAGGGUACACCCCGUGCCAAAGUCCAGAUUCUCGAGUCUGGUCAGCUUCAAUAGAUGUAUAAAUUGAUAGGGAAUAUAAAGGUAGGUAUAAAAACUGAUAACAUGAGACAUUGGGUUGAAGAUAGCAAAUCUGGUCAUUCAUUAUAGCCAAUAGAGGAUUUGCUUAAAGUACUUCUAAUCUACGAAGAAAAGCUCAUGGUAGCUUAAUUUGCAUUCCGAGUCUAGUAGCGUCCAGCACAUUAUGAAAUCUCUUGACUAGCAUUCUGCGCUCUACCAGCGUGCGCAUCGGAGGUCACUGUAAUCUCGUGUAUACACAUCACUU